AUGGCCGUUGCUGCCACCCGUGCUGCUACUAGAUCUUCAUCUAGAGCUUUUUCCGUUGCUGCUGUCAACCAAUGGUCUGCCAUCUCUGCUAAUGGCUCCCAUUCCAAUGCCUCUUCUUUAACUUUAAAGAACAAGUUUGUUCAAACUCGUGGUUUGAAGCAGAUCAACUUUGGUGGUACCGUUGAAACUGUUUAUGAAAGAUCCGACUGGCCAAGAGAAAAAUUAUUGGAAUAUUUCAAAGACGACACUUUAGCGUUGAUUGGUUAUGGUGCUCAAGGUUAUGGUCAAGGUUUAAACUUGCGUGAUAACGGGUUGAACGUUAUCAUUGGUGUUAGAAAGAACGGUGCUUCUUGGAAAGCCGCUCUUGAAGACGGUUGGGUUCCAGGUGAAAACUUGUUUGAAAUCAACGAAGCCGUUGAAAAGGGUACUUACGUUAUGAAUUUAUUAUCUGAUGCUGCUCAAAGUGAAACUUGGGAAAGUAUUAAACCUUUAUUGACUAAGGGUAAGACUUUAUACUUCUCUCACGGGUUCUCUCCAGUCUUCAACGAUUUGACUCAUGUCGAACCACCAAAGGAUAUCGAUACCAUUCUAGUUGCUCCAAAGGGUUCUGGUAGAACUGUCCGUUCAUUAUUCAAGGAAGGUCGUGGUAUUAACUCUUCUUAUGCCGUUUGGAACGAUGUCUCUGGUAAAGCUGAUGAAAAAGCUCAAGCUUUAGCUGUUGCCAUUGGUUCUGGUUACGUCUAUAAGACCACUUUUGAAAAGGAAGUCAAUUCCGAUUUAUACGGUGAAAGAGGCUGUUUGAUGGGUGGUAUCCAUGGUAUGUUCUUGGCACAAUACGAAGUCUUGAGAGAAAACGGUCAUUCCCCAUCGGAAGCUUUUAACGAAACCGUUGAAGAAGCUACUCAAUCAUUAUAUCCUUUGAUUGGUAAAUACGGUAUGGACUACAUGUACGAUGCUUGUUCCACAACUGCUAGAAGAGGUGCUUUGGAUUGGUACCCUGUCUUCAAAGAUGCUUUAAAACCUGUUUUCCAAGACUUAUAUGAAUCUACCAAGAAUGGUUCUGAAACCAAGAGAUCUUUGGAAUUCAACUCUCAAGCGGACUACAGAGAAAAAUUAGAAAAGGAAUUACAAACUAUCAGAGAUAUGGAAAUCUGGAGAGUUGGUAAGGAAGUAAGAAAAUUGAGACCAGAAAACAAUUAG